GGGACGUAUAGGUAUCUGUCUUGGCCACACCCACCAAGAUCUAGACGCACCUGUACUGCAGCAGGAAGCGACAGCUCGGACUUUACUGUCUGUAACAUUAAUGUAAAUCCUACUGGUGUUUCAGCUGCUUCAAACUUUGACCGGGAUCAUGGUCAGAAAACAAAUCUGGAUCAUCUGCGUCCUGCUGUGUCUUAUUUCUGGGAUCGACAACAACGACCUCUCCAGUGAGCUGAUCUCUCAACUUGCCAAGUACUCCAUUGUAAAUCCGCAGGUGAUUCACAGAUGGUCCAGGAGCAUCAACAGACCGCCACAGCCUGAAGAGAAAGAUGGAGGGGAGAGGAUAUCGUACGCACUCUCCAUAAACAACACACAGCACCUGCUUCAUCUAAAAUCCAACAGAGACUUCUUACACCCAAACCUUCUUCAGUAUGAGGUAGCUGGUGAACACAACUCCUCAUUAAAACGACACGUGCAUUGCUAUUACCACGGCGAGGUGGAGGGAUAUGAGGAUUCAAUGGUGGCGCUCAGCACAUGCUCUGGCCUCAGGGGCGUGAUCGUCUUUGGAAACGAGACCUAUGGGCUGGAGCCUUUGCCGCAGUCUGAGACCAAUGAGCACGUUCUCUACCUGCUGAGGGACAUCAAGUCAGAGCCCGUCAUCUGCGGCGUCGUCGACGAGGCAGCAUCCACGCAAAGCCACGAGGCCUUUGGCCCAGGUCAAUCGUUGACAUCUCUGCUGCGGAGGAAGCGCACCUUACCACAAACCAGUUAUGUGGAGUUGGUGCUGGUUGUUGAUAAUCUCAGGUAUAAUUUCAAGAAAAAGAAUGAGACAGCGGUUCGAGAAGAAAUGGUGCAAAUGGCGAAUCUACUGGAUGGGUAUUACAAACACCUGAACAUCCGCGUUGUGCUCGUGGGCCUGGAGAUCUUUAAGGAGAGUAAUCCUUUUAGUGUGGAUGGCUCUGCAGGAGACGUGCUGGGGGGCUUUGUAAAGUGGAGGAAGAAUACUCUGAUACCAAGGCUCAAGCAUGACAUUGGUCAACUCAUCGUUGGUCAGCCCAGCCCAUACGGCGGGGGCGUGUUAGGCAUGGCCUUCGUGGGCACCGUCUGCUCCGUAGCGACCUCUGGAGGAAUCAACGUGUACAGCGACAACAACCUGAAUUUCAUCUCCACUGUUGUGGCACACGAGAUGGGACACAACCUGGGCAUGGGUCACGACGACAGCCGCUGCAACUGCGAUGGAAAAAGUUGCAUUAUGGGAGCUGGUGCCAGCGGCGCCACCAGCUUCAGCCGCUGCAGCGAACAAGACUUUGAGGGGCUGGUGCUCCGUGGAGGAGGCGUGUGUCUGAGAAACCAGCCCUCGUCGUCUGAUGUGGUCGGUACCGCUGAAUGUGGCAACGGUCAGCUCAAUAAAGGAGAACAGUGUGACUGUGGAAAACCAGAGGAAUGCAAUAAUAAAUGCUGUGAUCCUGCCACUUGCAAAUUUACACAAGGGGCCGCCUGCGCUGAGGGAGACUGCUGUGACAACUGUCAGAUCAAAGUUGCUGGAACACCGUGCAGGACAUCUGUCAACACCUGUGACCUUCCUGAAUACUGUGGAGGCAACAGUGGGUCCUGUCCCGAUGACUUCUACAUCAUGGACGGCCUGUCUUGCCAAAACAAUGCUGCGUACUGUUACGAAGGCAGAUGCCAGACAUAUGAUUAUCAGUGCAAAUAUCUCUUUACACCAGAUCCAGCUAAAAAGGCGGCAGAUAUUUGUUAUCAUCAUGCAAAUACUGUAGGAAACGCAUUUGGAAACUGUGGCAUCACCAGCAAAGGAGACUACAUCAAAUGUACUGUAGAAAACUCCAUGUGUGGAAAAGUGCAGUGCACUGAUGUGAACGCCAACAACCCCCCUCCUGGCGCCCAAGUCAGCAUCCAAAUAGUUGACGGUGUAUAUUGUAUAAAUGCAGACUUUAACCUCGGCACAGAUGUGUUAGAUCCUGCCUACGUUAACCCCGGCAGCCCUUGUGAAAAAGGAAAGACCUGCUUGGACUUCAAGUGUGUGAAUGCUUCUGCUCUGUUGCCCGACUUGGACUGUGACGCUCAGACCACCUGCAACGGCCGAGGGGUUUGUAACGACCAAGGACACUGUCACUGUAACAACGGGUGGGCGCCGCCGAACUGUGACAAGUCAGGACGAGGUGGCAGCAUUAACAGUGGUCCAGCUCAGAUAGACUACUCUGUCAGGAAUGGCCUGUUGAUCUUCUUCCUGCUGGUGGUUCCCGUCGUGGUUCUCGUCAUUCUGGCGCUGCUCUACGUCUUCAGGAGAAAUUCCCUGGACAUCUGUUUGAAAAGAGGCCGCAAGUCACAUAAUCCUCAAAGAGAAAAUGCAAAUGGACAGUCAAACACAAAUGUUCAAACAAGUGCCACAAUGCAGCUCCCAGCACACACUCCUCCUAAUGAGCCUGGAAAUCCAUCGGAUACCUCAGCUCCAAUUUCUGGUUUCAGAUAUGGAGAAAUGGAUUACUGGAAUACAGAAACGAGCACUGCCCCUGCACAACCAGCGGCUCCGAGGCAGGGCCCCGGAGUGCCCAGACCAAUCCCUCCAAGGCAGCCACCGAAUUGAUUCCCAUUUCAUACAAAAUAAUCAUAUUCUAUUUUAUUGAUAAUCUAUGGAGUUAACAACAGCUUGAUACAAUAUGAAGAGAUUUUUAAAUCACUGUGACAGUAACAGACUCACUGUAACUUGUUUCCAGCAACUUUAUCAGGUCGAUGCGGUGGUGAUGGAGGCUGUUAAGAUGUGUAAAUAUGUAUUGGUAUGAGUGUGUUUUAUUAGAUUUCCAUACAUCACUUAUUACAAAUAUGUGCAUUUAAAAUGUCAUGAAUAAAUAUUUUGUAACUCAA